AUGGUGACAGAUAAUGAUUCAAAAUAUAACAUCACCAAAAAUAACAAAGACGAGCAAAAAUUAGAGAAUACUUUAUCUGGAUAUUUAAAGAAAUUAGAAGAAUAUUUAGAUGAGCUUGGGAUAACUAGGUUUGAUUGUUCCCAAAUUAAUUUUGAUAACCUCAAAGUAAUUAGGCAUAGAGGAUUUGCUGUUGUUUAUCAUGUUGAACUUCAAGGCUUAAACUGUACGAUAAAGAGAUUAAAAAAUAAUAUAUAUA